AACCUGGCCAAAAGUGUGUGCCUCCCCAAGGACAUGGAGCACCACUUAAAGCAAUUAAACACCGAAAUGAAGUCAAUCCGGUCCACAUCGAAGUCCAUGAUCUUGGCCUUACAAAAGAACAAUAUUACUUACAAGAAAGUCCAAGAACUGAGAAAAACCACAAGGCAAGCAAUGGCGGAAGCCGAGGCAAAGGCGGUCGAGCUAGAAGAAGCCGAAAAGAGAAUGGCCGAGCUACAAGCGGAGAACGGCCGUCUUGCCGAUCUGGUUAGUUCGGCGGAGGUAGAGAGGCAGAAAGCGGCCAUUGCUAUGAAGGACAAAUAUCUGCGGGAGUUGGUGAAGCUUGAGAAGAGAAAAGACACCGAAAUAAGCGAACUAAAAAAGAGCGUGGAGGCGGCCGAAAAGGAGGGGUAAAAGCGAGGUUACAAGGAGGCAGAAGACGCCUAUGUCAAACAAUGCGACGCCACGAAGGAGCUGUUCUUUAAGUGCGGCUGGAGGGCGGCUGUGGAGAAGCUCGGUCAUGAUCAACAGACCGAGGUCUUCGACCCUCCAGCUUACUUUAUACCGAAGUCCCUUGCGGAGUAUGCAGAUGCCUUGCAACAAGAGUUUCUGGAGGACUCAGACUCUGAUGACUCCUCUGCUCCCGAAGACAUUCCGGUUGUAAGUGCAGACCCGUCACUUCGGUUGGAGCCUAUGGUGGAUGACCUACCUAUCGAACAGCCAAAUGAAACCGUGGUUCCAACCGAAAGCAUUCUGGCAACCGAGAGUGAACUUCCUCUUGCAACCGGUCUUCAAGUUGCUGGUGACGCUGUUUUUGACGCCGAAAUUGAAGAACUUUUUUCCUGAUUGUGUAUUUUUUCUUUGUUGCUCUUUGCCGUUGUAAUCGAACUAUGAACAUCCUUUGUAAUAGUUUCAAUGAAUGAAAAAUUUUGCUUUAACUCUUGUUCCGGUUCUGAUGGGUAUGCCUGUACUUUGUAAUGCUCCAGUUACUCCAACUGUUAUUUCGGUUUUAGAUGGUUAAACUAUACCUGCCAGCCAACCACUCCUUAGCCGAUAUGCUUACUU